ACUCGAUCUGAAUUGACAUAUAAUGGAUGAAAAGUAUUUUUACAAAAUAUUAUUCUUGCUCUUUUUCAUAAACACUUGUUUUUAUCAAAGCCAUUCUCAAAGUCAAUAUUCUGUUAGACUUCAAGGACCAAGAAGUUCUAGUGGUAGAGGUCGUGUUGAAGUUUAUUACAAUGGAGAAUGGGGAACAGUUUGUGAUGAUUACUGGGAUUUGAAUGAUGCAAAGGUGAUUUGUCGUCAACUUGGUUUUGCUGCUGCUACUAGAGCUUUCCAAGGAAGUUAUGUACCUGAUGGCAGUGGACGAAUAUGGUUAGAUGAUGUUCGUUGUGUAGGAAAUGAAAGAAAUAUUGCCAAUUGUCGACACAAUGGAUGGGGAUCACACAAUUGUGGACAUGAUGAAGAUGCUGGUGUACAAUGUUUAGGUCAAAUUUCUGUUAGACUUCAAGGACCAAGAAGUUCUAGUGGUAGAGGUCGUGUUGAAGUUUAUUACAAUGGACAAUGGGGAACAGUAUGUGAUGAUGACUGGGAUUUGAAUGAUGCUAAAGUGGUUUGUCGUCAACUUGGUCUUGCUGCUGUCAGUGCUUUACAAGGAUAUUAUGUACCUGAUGGCAAUGGAAGAAUAUGGUUAGAUAAUGUUCAUUGUGUAGGAAAUGAAAGAAAUAUUGCCAACUGUCCACACAAUGGAUGGGGAUCACAUGAUUGUUCACAUUCUGAAGAUGCUGGUGUAGAAUGUUCAGAUAUUAAUGAAUGCCUGCAAAAUCAACAUAACUGCGGAAGUAACUCCAACUGUAGGAACACAUUUGGUAGUUUCACCUGUGUUUGUCGUGCUGGUUUCUCAGGAAAUGGAAGAAUUUGCUCAGAUAUUAAUGAAUGCAUGCAAAAUCAACAUAACUGCGGAAGUAACUCCAACUGUAUAAACACAUUUGGUAGUUUCACCUGUGUUUGUCGUACUGGUUUCUCAGGAAAUGGAAGAAUUUGCUCAGAUAUUGAUGAAUGUUCUCUUUCUAUUGACAAUUGUCAUCAAAACUCAAUCUGUGUUAAUACAAAUGGAUCUUACUUAUGUAAUUGCAAUGCUGGUUAUUCUGGAAAUGGAACUUUUUGUGAAGAUAUUGACGAAUGUUCUCUUUCUAUCGACAAUUGUCAUCAAAACUCAACCUGUGUUAACUCAAAUGGAUCUUAUUUAUGUAAUUGUAACGCUGGUUAUUCUGGAAAUGGAACUUUUUGUGAAGAUAUUGACGAAUGUUCUCUUUCUAUCGACAAUUGUCAUCAAAACUCAACCUGUGUUAAUACAAACGGAUCUUAUUUAUGUAAUUGCAACGUUGGUUAUUCUGGAAAUGGAACUUUUUGUGAAGAUAUUGAUGAGUGUUCUCUUUCUAUCCACAAUUGUCAUCAAAACUCAAUCUGUGUUAAUACAAAUGGAUCUUAUUUAUGUAAUUGCAACGUUGGUUAUUCUGGAAAUGGAACUUUUUGUGAAGAUAUUGACGAAUGUUCUCUUUCUAUCGACAAUUGUCAUCAAAACUCAACCUGUGUUAACUCAAAUGGAUCUUAUUUAUGUAAUUGUAACGCUGGUUAUUCUGGAAAUGGAUCUUUUUGUGAAGAUAUUGACGAAUGUUCUCUUUCUAUCGACAAUUGUCAUCAAAACUCAACCUGUGUUAAUACAAACGGAUCUUAUUUAUGUAAUUGCAACGUUGGUUAUUCUGGAAAUGGAACUUUUUGUGAAGAUAUUGACGAAUGUUCUCUUUCUAUCGACAAUUGUCAUCAAAACUCAACCUGUGUUAACAGAAACGGAUCUUAUUUAUGUAAUUGUAACGUUGGUUAUUCUGGAAAUGGAACUUUUUGUGAAGAUAUUGACGAAUGUUCUCUUUCUAUCGACAAUUGUCAUCAAAACUCAACCUGUGUUAACUCAAAUGGAUCUCAUUUAUGUAAUUGUAACGCUGGUUAUUCUGGAAAUGGAUCUUUUUGUGAAGAUAUUGACGAAUGUUCUCUUUCUAUCGACAAUUGUCAUCAAAACUCAACCUGUGUUAAUACAAACGGAUCUUAUUUAUGUAAUUGCAACGUUGGUUAUUCUGGAAAUGGAACUUUUUGUGAAGAUAUUGACGAAUGUUCUCUUUCUAUCGACAAUUGUCAUCAAAACUCAACCUGUGUUAACAGAAACGGAUCUUAUUUAUGUAAUUGCAACGUUGGUUAUUCUGGAAAUGGAACUUUUUGUGAAGAUAUUGACGAAUGUUCUCUUUCUAUCGACAAUUGUCAUCAAAACUCAAUCUGUGUUAAUACAAACGGAUCUUAUUUAUGUAAUUGCAACGUUGGUUAUUCUGGAAAUGGAACUUUUUGUGAAGAUAUUGACGAAUGUUCUCUUUCUAUCGACAAUUGUCAUCAAAACUCAACCUGUGUUAACUCAAAUGGAUCUUAUUUAUGUAAUUGUAACGCUGGUUAUUCUGGAAAUGGAACUUUUUGUGAAGAUAUUGAUGAAUGUUCUCUUUCUAUCGACAAUUGUCAUCAAAACUCAAUCUGUGUUAAUACAAAUGGAUCUUACUUAUGUAAUUGUUAUGUUGGUUUUUCUGGAAAUGGAACUUUUUGUGAAGAUAUUAAUGAAUGUUCUCUUUCUAUCGACAAUUGUCAUCAAAACUCAAUCUGUGUUAAUACAAAUGGAUCUUAUUUAUGUAAUUGCAAUGUUGGUUAUUCUGGAAAUGGAACUGUUUGUGAUGAUAUUGAUGAAUGUUCUCUUUCUAUCGACAACUGUCAUCAAAACUCAACAUGUGUUAACACCAAUGGAUCGUAUUUAUGUAACUGCAACAUUGGUUAUUCUGGAAAUGGAACUGUUUGUGAUGAUAUUGAUGAAUGUUCUCUUUUUAUCGACAAUUGUCAUCAAAACUCAAUCUGUGUUAAUACAAAUGGAUCUUAUUUAUGUAAUUGCAACAUUGGUUAUUCUGGAAAUGGAACUGUUUGUGAAGAUAUUGAUGAAUGUUCACUUUCUAUCCACAACUGUCAUCAAAACUCAGCUUGCGUUAACGCCAAUGGAACGCAUUUAUGUAACUGCAAUGUUGGUUAUUCUGGAAAUGGGUCAGUUUGUGAAGAUAUUGAUGAAUGUUCUCCGUCUAUCGACAACUGUCAUCAAAACUCAACCUGUGUUAACACAAAUGGAUCUUAUUUAUGUAAUUGCAAUGUUGGUUAUUCUGGAAAUGGAACUUUUUGUGAAGAUAUUGAUGAAUGUUCUCUUUUUAUCGACAAUUGUCACCAAAACUCAAUCUGUGUUAAUACAAAUGGAUCUUAUUUAUGUAAUUGCAACAUUGGUUAUUCUGGAAAUGGAACUUUUUGUGAAGAUAUUGAUGAAUGUUCACUUUCUAUCCACAACUGUCAUCAAAACUCAGCUUGCAUUAACACCAAUGGAACGCAUUUAUGUAACUGCAAUGUUGGUUAUUCUGGAAAUGGGUCAGUUUGUGAAGAUAUUGAUGAAUGUUCUCUUUCUAUUGACAAUUGUCAUCAAAACUCAACCUGUGUUAAUACAAAUGGAUCGUAUUUAUGUAACUGCAUUGCUGGUUAUUCUGGAAAUGGAACAGUCUGUGAAGAUAUUAAUGAAUGUUUGAUGUCAGUUUUUAAUUGUGAUGAAAACUCAAUCUGUGUCAACAACAUUGGAUCAUAUUCAUGCAGUUGUCAAUAUGGUUAUGUACGAAAUGGAGUUAUUUGUACAGAAAUACCUGUGAAUGCAAAGAAUUUUCUCUCUUUUCCAAACUGGGCUUAUGCAAUAGUUUCAUUUGUUUUAAUUUUGGCUGCAAUAAUACUUGUUAUUUUUGUUAUUCGACGACUACGAGGACGCCGCCGCCUGGGUGUGGAUAAGAAGUCUUCAAAAGACGGGAAUACUAUCCAAAUGUCGUUUUUGAAUGACAUUUAUUCCAAUUGUGAAAACACCGACCAUCAGAGGAAAUCUGUUGAGCCAGAAGUUUCAACGGCACUGAAUGUUAAUGCGUGUCGAUGAUUCGUUUUUUUUCUCAGUUUUUUAUUUUUUUCAUUUAAUCUCAUUCAUACACGUGAUUUUAGACUUUCAGCAGAAACAAAUAAACAGAAAUGACUUAUUUAGAAAUUUACACAAAAGUUAUUUGUUGUAAUUCUACGUACGAUAUUUGGCAAGUGUCAUAAUCCACACUGAUAAUCAUUUGCUUUGUUUUCGUGAUUUUAGAAAACAAUUUUGACGUCCUAGCAUUUUAUGUAGUUCAUGCUGGUAAAUAUAGCAAUUACAACUUAAAAGCUCGAACAUGUUCAGAAUUAAAGAAUGUAAUAAAGGUGAAUUGCAAUAUUUACCAUUAAUAAUACAAGCGAUACCAUGCAUAAUAAAAAUACUGUAAUUUUUUCACGGUAAUUACAAUUGGCAUUCAUGUCAAUACAUACAAGGAAUAAAAGUUAAAACAUAUGGUUUUGAAUAAUAUCUUUAAAAUUUUUCAGGCUGCUUCAUAUGAAAUGAUUUCUCGGUUAUGUUCAACAGCUAGUUUUAUUUAAAUUGUAUUGUAUAGUUUGCAAAAUCAUUGAGCUAAAAUACAUGAACGCUACCUGUA